AUGCCCUCCACGGCUUCACGGCUGGGGUCCACCCACGGGACGCAGACACCUCCACCCCAGAGGCGGUGGGUGGCGCAGUCGCCGCGAGAGCCGAAGAGGCAGGGGUCUGCGUCGGAGCAAGAGUUGUCACCCGUGCGGCAGGAGGCGCACGGAGGCCGAGGCUGCUGCCACACCGACUGCCUGGAGGCGCCGCUGUCGGUUGCCUUCCGGCGGCUGGGGGCCGCCAUCGCCUCGCACCCCUGGGCCUUCCUGCUGGCGCCCGUGCUGCUGACCGCCGCGCUUGGCUCCGGGUUGGUCUUCCUGCCCGAGGACAGUGAAAGCCUGGAGGAGCAGUACACCCCGAUCGGAAGCCCUGCCAAGGCCGAGCGGCGCUUCGUGCAGGGACAUUUCAGCACCAAUGACUCAUACCGCUUCUCCGCCAGUAGGAUGAGCUCCGAGUCCCACUUCGCGUCCAUCCUGGUGGUGUCCCGCAACGAGUCCCUGCUGGAAGAAGACAUCUUCCAGGAGGUGAACAGGCUGGACCAAGCUGUGCAGGCCCUGAGUGCAGUCCAGGAAGACGGAACGCAAAUCCCAUACAGCACGGUGUGCGCCAAGUACAAGGAGCUGUGCGUGCCCCCUAACCCACUGCUUGUCGCCUGGCAGAACGACUCGUUAUUGUUGGACCUGAAGAACCUCACCUUCCCGGUAUACAACAUGUCCGGCCAUAUCAUCUACAUGGCCAGCUUCUUUGGGGGAAAUGUCUUAGGCCAGGAGAUGGGACAGAGCCGCCACCUCAUAAAGUCCAAAGCCUUGAGACUGCUGUACUACCUGAAGACCGAGCAAGAUGAGGACAGCAAGCGCAGCAAGGCGUGGCUGAACCACUUCAUGGACCAGUUUAGGGACAUGACGAGUGCGCUGGCUUUGGAUAAGAUCAAGGUGGUCUUCCUUACAUCCCUUUUCAAACAGCGGGAAUUGAAGGCAACUUCUAAGACAGUCAUCCCUCUGUUCCACUUGUCAUACAGUCUAGUCAUACUGUUUGCAGUUAUAUCAUGUUUCAGAGUGGAUUGUAUACGAAACAAAAUGUGGGUUGCAAUCCUUGGAGUGGUCUCCGUGGCUAUGUCAGUGGUGAGUAGCUUUGGUCUGAUGCUGCACAUCGGAGUUCCAUUUGUGAUCAUAGUUGCAAAUUCACCAUUUCUUAUUCUUGGUAUUGGGGUUGAUGACAUGUUUAUCAUGAUUUCUGCCUGGCAGAGGACCAGCCUUGGGGACAGCAUAAAAGACCGACUCUCCAAUGUGUAUUCAAAGGUGGCAGUAUCUAUUACAAUCACCACUCUUACCAACAUCUUUGCCUUUUAUACAGGGAUUACCAGCUCUUUCAGGUCCAUACAAUACUUCUGCAUCUAUACAGGAACAACAUUGAUGUUUUGUUAUAUUUAUUGCAUCACCUUUUUUGGAGCAGCUAUGGCCCUAGAUGGUAAAAGGGAAGUAGGCUGCCUACGCUGGGUAGAAAAGGCAAGCUCAAGAUAUUCCUCUCUGAAAAAGGCCUGCUGCAUUCCAUUUGGUUCUAACUUAUAUGAACAUGGUGAUGACAAUCAUCCAAUGGACUUGUUCUUUAGAGACUAUUUUGGUCCUUUUCUGACAAAUGCCAAAGUCAAGUUUUUGGUAGUGCUGCUAUAUAUUUCUUAUCUCAUAAGCAGUAUAUAUGGAUGUUACCAAGUAAAGGAAGGUUUAGACCUUCGAAAUCUUGCCAGUGAUGACUCCUACAUCAUACCAUAUUUUAAUACAGAAGAAGAAUUUUUUUCAUAUUAUGGCCCAAGGGUUAUGGUAAUUGUUUCUGAAAGUGUUGACUACUGGGAUGAAGAUAUAAGGCAAAAACUGGAAAAAUGUAUGAUCACGUUUGAAGAAAAUGGAUAUGUAGAUAAAAAUCUUACACGGUUUUGGUUGCAAGCUUAUCUUCAAUAUCUGAAUAAUAGUGGAAAUGAUCCUAAUAAUAAGAAUACUUUUAUGAAUAAUAUUUCUGGUUUUUUAAGUAUUUUUCCCUUUUUUACAUAUGAUAUUAAUUUUUCAUCUUAUGAAAUCACUUCUUCCCGGGGCUUCAUUCAGACUAUACAAGUUUCUUCUUCAGACAAGAAGAAGAGGAUGUUAUUCCAGUUACGAAACAUAGCUAAAAAUUGUGAAGUUCCUGUUAUGGUAUAUAACCAUGCAUUCAUAUAUUUUGAUCAAUAUUCUGUAAUAAUAGAAAACACUAUUCGAAAUGUCUUAAUUGCAUCCUUAGCUAUGUUUGUUGUUGCCUUGUUGUUAAUUCCUCAUCCAGUAUGUUCAUUGUGGGUCACAUUUGCUAUUGCUUCUGUGAUUGUGGGAGUAACAGGUUUCAUGGCACUCUGGCGUGUUGAUCUUGAUUCCAUAUCCAUGGUUUAUCUUAUUAUUUGCAUAGGGUUUUCAUUUGAUUUUUCUGCACAUAUCUCCUAUGCAUUUGUUGCCAGUUCUGAGGACACAGUAAAUAAAAAAUUAGUAGAAGCAUUAUAUAUGCUAGGGUAUCCAGUACUUCAAAGUGCAGUUUCAACAAUACUAGGGGUGUGUGUUUUAGCUGUGGCUAAAGCAUAUAUCUUCAGGACGUUUUUUAAAAUUAUGUUUCUUGUUAUGCUUUUUGGGGUUGCUCAUGGCCUAAUUUUUAUUCCAGUAUUUUUAACCUUUUUUUGAAGGCUUGUUUAAAUAUUCACUAACACAUACACUGUUAAUACUAAUUAAUAGAAAAAAAUAGAGAUAAAAAUAGAAAGGGGGUUGUUGGGUUGGAGGAACUAAGGGAAGAGGAGGUAGAAAGGGAGGGUAAUGGGGGAUAUAAGCAGAGUAUAUCAUAUGCAUGUGUAAAAGUAUCCCAAUGAGAACGAUUAGUUUGUACAACGGAUAUACACUAGUGAAAAUAUAUAAGUAUUUGAUAAUUAAAAACUGAUAUAAAGGUUGAAAAGAGUUAAUAUACUUUAAAGGUAUGUUUCCUUGAUUUGGAAAUUCCACUGUAAAUUAUUAUUUACAUAGUCUGAGAAGAAAUA